CGGCGAUGACGUUUACGUAUAAUCCCGACGCGCAUGCGGCGUCCGUGGCACAAGAUGUUGUACCCGCUACCAUGGAAACGAGGGGUGUUCGUACGGUGCCUGUCGUUCUUUUCAACGUUUUCUGUCGUUCUUUUAAAAUCGAAACGUGAUUGAUUUUAGCAGUUAAUAAACUUUUGAAGCACUGCUGUAUUUUUUUUCAAGCAAGUUUUCAUAAACAUUUUGAUUAUUUUUUUUUUUACUUAUUUUUUUGCUAAUGUUUAAGUUAGGCGGUGUUUUAGAAUCACCAAGUGACAGUCCUAGCAAUAUGAAACCCAUACUUUGGAAGCAAGAAAUCCUGCUUAUAUUUUUUUUUUUAGUGGUAUAAAUUGAGCAAACAUAUUCUAUUUAUGCAGGCUUCUGUGCCUACUGCUACUCGGAUAAAGAUGAACUCGUCGCAGACCACGUCUCGCCUGGUGAAGAAAUCGCCCUCUGUGUGCACGGAUCUGCCUCUGAGCAGCUUGGACGUCCGUGACAAGCUCCGCCUGAUGAAGGAGCUCCUCGGAUCUUGUUACGGUCCGACGGCCCGGCUAAAGCAGGUCCACAACAACAUCGGAGGCUCCGUGGUGACCACCUCCACCUCCUCCGUUCUCCUCCAAGCCAUUACCUCCUCUCGGCCCGUCAUCGGUCUGAUAAAAAGCUCCGUCCUGAACCACGUGUCCCGCUUCGGUGACUGCGGCUUGUUCGCCGCCGUCCUCUGCCUGUCUCUCGUCGAGGAAGCGGCGCGGCGCGGCGUCGGGAACAGCGCGGCGAUCCGAGCGAACGACCGCCUCCUGGCUCUCUGCACCGGCUACCUGCAGCGAGAGGACUGCGGCUGCAGAGUCGAGCUGGACUUCUGCAGCAGCCGGAGCCUGAUCGCGUUAGCUCGCACCGUCGUCUCCAGCAAGCCGACGUGUGUGCUGGCGGAGCCCGAAUCGGCGCACAUCGGCCGGCUGGCGGUGCGCGCCUUCCUCCUGACCGUUCCCUGCGACGCGCCGGACCCAGUCAGGCUCGGCAGGACGGUCACCGUCCCCGUGGAGGGCCGCCCGGUGCUGGAGUCCGCCGUGUUCCCGGGCUUACUCCUGGACGCGCCGGAGCACCUGUGCGGCUUGGCCGGUGUUCGCGGCCCCGUGCGGGCGGUUCUGUUCAGCGCGUCUCUGGCCGGGGAUCUCGGUGAGCUCGGAGAUGGCAGGAUCGAAGUGCACGCAGGCGUGGACACCGACGCGCAGAUCCUGGAUCGGCUGCUGGAGCUGGGAAGGCAGGCGCUUGAGGACGGGGUGAAAUUGUUCGUGUGCCAGAAGGUCAUCCACCCAGUGUUGCAGCACUACUUGAGAUGCGGCGGUUUAAUAGUCAUAGAGAGGGUUGGAGUCAGCCUCAUGGAGCCACUUAUCCAGCUGACUGGGGCUCAGCCUGUGGCAACGCUGCAUGCCGCAAUCCCAUCCGCCGCCUACGGGGAGGUCCACGAUGUCAGUAUUCGGCAUUUCGGAUCCAAGACGAUGCUGCAUUUACACCCUGCUGGCGAAACGGCCGUCUGCUCCAUGGUCCUCUGCCACAGGAAUGAAACCAUGUUGAAUGAACUGAAGCUGGUGUGCCAGAAAGCCGAGCACGUGUUGAGGCUCACCCUCAGGGAGCCGUGGGCUUUACUCGGAGGCGGCUGCACCGAAACGCUCCUAGCCGCGUACGUCAGACACAAGAGCAAGAACGACGCACCGGAGGCCACGUCUGCUUUGGGCUGCUCGCAGACGGAGUACCUCCUCGCGGCCGAGGCCUUCUGCCGCUCUCUGGAGUCGGUGGCCGCGUGUCUGGAGCACGAUGGCGGGGCCUCUGUCAUCGACCUGACCCACGCACACCACUGGACUCUCCCUCCAGACGUCACAGAGCAACACCUGGAGGGCGGCACGGCGGCGACGCUCUGCGGCUGUGGGGCGCUGGAAAGCUGCCGGAAGAAAAAGUGGAGCUACCUAAACUCUGAAUGCGCAGACUUCUCCCCGGCGCCCUUGUCGACAGCUUCUCCGCUGCGGCAGCCGGCGGUACUCGACUCCUUCUCGGCUAAAGUCAACGCGUUAAGAGUCGCCGUGGAGACCGCUAAUCUUGUGCUGGAUGUGCGAUAUGUCAUUCAGGAUGUGAACUAACAAGGCAUUCCUCAUCAAGAGUGAGAGAACAAACACUCUUUUGUAUGAUUGAUUUU